AAAACCGCCGGGACGCGCGGCCUCACUUCCGGCAGCCCCCAGAGCCACUUCCGGGGGGGCGGGCGCAAAAUGGCGGCGGGGCCCGCGGGGGUCCCGGGGGUUUGCGAGGGCGAGGAGGAGCCGGAGCCCCCCGGGACCCCCCCGGGUUCGGUGGCGGAGCUGCCGCGGGUGCGGCGGCAGCGCGGGCGGUUCCUGGUGUGGGCCCCGGGGGCGGUGCGGACGCUGCGGGAGCGGCAGCGCGUGUGGGGGGCGCUGGUCGGGACCCCCCCGCGGCGGGGCCGGGCCGCGAUGGCGGCGGGGCCGCGGCUGCCGCUGCAGCUGAGGCCGGAGGAGGCGCGGGCGCUGCGGGAGAGCGGCGGAGCCACCGUGGAGCCGGUCGAUGAGGAUGAAGAGGAGACCCCGGCAGAGCGCGGCCGCCCCUCCCCCCCCGCCGAGCGCCGUUCCCGCGUGUUCCGCGAGCUGUGGGGGAGGGGCCUGCACCUGACCCCGGGCGGGAAAUUCGGGGGAGACUUCCUGGUGUACCCCGGCCCCCCCUGUGAUUUCCACGCAUGCGCGGUUCUGCAGUGCCCGUGUCCGUUCCGGCCGCAGCCGCUGGGGGCGCUGUUGGCGGGGGCGCGCCUGGGCUCGAGCGUGCGCAAAGCGCUGCUGCUCUGCUCCUCCGCGCCGCCAGGGGGCGCCCUCGCCUGCACCGCGCUGCAGUGGCGCCGCGACCUCACGUGACCACGCCUUCUUCCGGAGUCACGUGA